CUAAGAUAAAGCCUGCUCAACCAACAUAACCGUCACCGGCGUGUAAGUUCCGAUCAGAGAGGACUUAUCAGCGACUAAAAGCUGAACAAAUGGCGCAUCAUCAUCUUCAUCAGCCCUACGAUCCAUACUACACUCUACAGCAACCACCACCAGCUGCACCCGCGGCGGAGUGGAUCGGAAACGGAAUAAAUACGCUCUUCGUGUCCGGUCUUCCCGACGACGUCAAGCCUCGUGAAAUACACAAUCUCUUUCGUCGCCGCUCUGGCUUCGACUCUUGCCAGCUCAAGUACACCGGUCGCGGUAACCAGGUUGUUGCAUUUGCUACCUUUUUAAAUCACCAAUCAGCAAUUGCAGCUAUGCACUCUUUAAAUGGAGUAAAAUUUGAUCCUCAGUCUGGAUCAACUCUUCAUAUAGAGCUUGCCAGAUCAAACUCCAGACGAAAACACAAACCUGGGAGCGGACCAUAUGUUGUUAUUGAUAAUAGAACUCGACAGGCGUAUAAUGCUCGAGAAACAUCAACUGAUGAUGGAGGAAGUGACUCUGAUGAAGCGCUUGCAACUGCAACCCCAACAGAUAAUAUUGAUUCUGCCGACCAGGGUGAUUCAGCGAAUGUAAAGAGCGAGCCAGAAGGUGAUCCGGACAAUGCUCUGGUAGUUGCAAAUGAUCUGUUGGAGAAGACUGUACAAGGAGGCGUUCAGCCUUGUUCCACUUUGUUCAUUGCAAAUUUAGGUCCAAAUUGCACUGAAGAUGAACUAAGACACACUCUCUCACAAUAUCCUGGAUUUAACUUUCUCAAAGUGCGUGCUAAAGGUGGAAUGCCUGUUGCCUUUGCUGAUUUUGAGGAAGUUGAACAAGCUACAAGAGCCUUGGAGGAUCUACAAGGAACUUCAUUACCUUCAUCAGACCGAGGCGGCAUGCAUAUAGAAUAUGCGAGGUCUAAAAUGAGGAAGCCAUAGCAGCAGUGGGUGAGCUGUGAGGCGACAAUUCUAUAUUCUGGCCGUAAAACCUUUGAUGCGGAUUUAGGCGAAGAUACUCUCAUGCAUAGGUAGGUCUGUUACAUAUGCUUCAGUUUUAGUUGAAGAACGAGCCAAAAACACUCAACUAUCUAAAGCUGCAAAGUGUUUAAAUUGUUUGUGUCCAUUGCUGUGGUGCGUGGUUACGUGCUCAUGUCAAUUUACCGGAGAAAGGAAAGAAACCCGCUGAAUCAUACAGGAGGAUAUCAUGGAUACUUUUUAUUGAUUUAAAUGAUUAGCUCACUCAGUAUGGUCUGAAUCCCCUCAAUCGUAUUUUACGAGCAGACUGUUUUCUUAGUCUGUAAUCCUUCUUCCUCAAGGUUGAUGUAUGGAUUUUAUAAAGUAUAAUAUAGACUUCAGCUGCAUUUGUAUUCUUGAUUUAUGGUAAUAAUGAUUAUCAGAUUAAAGUA